CCAAAAGAAAGGAAAAACGAUUGUUGGGUCCACCUGUCAGCCUGUUCUUUUCUCUUCUUCCUCCCUGACGACUCUCUCUGCGUCUCAGGUCCGGCGUGAUCAUCCUCCAUUCCUCCUAUCGUUCUCCCGUCCAUCCCCUUCUCUCUGUUCCUGGCGGCGACGACUCGGCGAGCGGCGCCUGCCUACGCGAGGUCUUCGUCGGGCGCAGCGCCGGCGACGAGUAUCCACCAGUUGCUCUUAUGGAGAACGAGGAUACGAAGAGUGAAGGGACUGAUGACUCCACUCCUCAGCGUCGCCGCAAAUCUGGACUUAAAUUUUCACCCAAAGUUCUUCCUAAGAAAGCCCCAAAGAUCAUACCUAAACCGGAACCACAAGAGGAGAACAAGGCUCUGACAAUUGAUAAGAAGCUGAUGACUAAACUUGGGAGCUUGCAGAGCACUUAUGGCCCCGGAAGUGGAACUAAGGCCAAGAAACAAGGGACCCCUGUCCAGGUCGCAUUUGGAAGAGCAGGCCCUUCAAUUCCAAGAACUUUCCCCACUCCAAGAAGCUUUUCAUCAGGCACAUCUGCUGUAAAAUUACCCAAAGAGCACAAUGAACCAUGGGGCUACACCUGUACCAAUGGUCCUGUUAGUCUACCACUGAGAAGGCCCAACUCUGGAGAUACAGAAAUUCUUGAUGGCAGAGCCCAAGAUGGUGAACUGAGUGCAGCUGAAGAACUUGGUCUGAUGGAAAGGGUGGAUACACAUACACCGCAGUUGCUCUUCUUCCAGUUUCCUAAAACUCUUCCUUUACCAAGGCAGGCUGACGCAGAUGCUGACACAAAUAUGAAUAUGAGUGCAAAAUCCAUGGGGGACAACAGGAAGAGGCGGCUCGGCUCAAUCCACGGCUGUGGUCUGAAAGAGCUCCCAGGUGGCUUCAUGGGGAAGAUACUCGUGUUCAAGAGUGGUAAAGUGAAGAUGACGCUCGGUGAUGUGCUCUUUGAUGUUUCAGCUGGCUCGAAUUGCAUCUUUCCUCAGGAAGUUGUAGCGAUCAAUACCAGGGAGAAGCACUGCUGCGGCAUAGGGGAUAUUGGAAAGCGUGCAAUCAUAACACCUGAUAUCAACUCUUUGCUAGGUUCUGUUCAGAUUUGAGAAGAUGGAGUAGCUUGUGGGGUGUUACAAAUGGGUAAAUACUAGGUUCUAUUGCAUGUUAUGUUUGGUGGAAAUGUUUAGGAGUACUUUGGCGGUGGUCGCAAGUGGGUUGAUGCUGCUGCAACCAUUUGCAGCGAAGACUACGGAGUUGCAAAUCUACAGGAGGGGAGCUAAUGAAACCGAUGCUAAUGCUAAUUUCAGAUGUAAACGGCAAAGGGACUGUUUUGCUUGUUUACUUUGACCCCCUUUUGUCACCUAACAAUCGGUGAGUUAUCCCAAACACUUGACUGAUGUCAGGAGCUCACGGGGUGUUACAGGAACAGACAGAGCAUUGCAUGCUGUUUUCGUCCAUUUUGGACAUGAAUGAUGGGAAACACGUGGUUCCUGAUGGGAAUUGCAGCGUAA